AUCCGGCUGCUCCGCUCCGGGUGAUUUGCCUGCCCCUCAGCCAAUGGGAGGGCGUCGCCCCGGCCCGCUCCCUUUUUCUGAGACUCCAGCCGCCUUCCCGGCACUGCAGUCGCCACCUAGAGCUGCGGGGUGCAUCUCAGAGGCCCGCCAGUUCCACCUACACGCGAACCCACUUCAGCGGUCCAGAGUGCCUUCUCGCCGCGCCCCAGGCCCGCACAGCCCCCCGCUCCCCCUCUCAUAGCCGCCCCUGCACAUCUUGCACCCCACAGUGUCACCCACGCCUACGCCCUCGCGGCCCCACUGAAGACCCAAGGGGUCUCGCGGUACAGGGGGCCAGGCUAGCCUAUGGGAGCGCCGAAAUAACACAGGUUGGGGGCGUCCGCGCCCCCUAUCCCCGCCAGCAUGGCUCAGCCACUGCCUCCCCGAGAACUGCCACCUGGCUACACUCCCCCGGCUCGACCCGCAACACCUCAGAUCCUAGCUGGGAGCCUGAAGGCUCCACUCUGGCUUCGUGCUUACUUCCAGGGCCUGCUCUUCUCUCUGGGCUGUGGGAUCCAGAAACACUGUGGCAAAGUGCUCUUCCUAGGAUUGUUGGCCUUUGGGGCCCUGGCACUGGGUCUCCGCGUGGCUGUUAUUGAGACAGACCUAGAACAGCUCUGGGUGGAAGUGGGAAGCCGGGUGAGCCAAGAGUUGCAUUAUACCAAGGAGAAGCUGGGAGAGGAGGCGGCGUAUACCUCCCAGAUGUUGAUUCAGACUCCACGCCAGGAGGGGGAGAACAUCCUCACGCCUGAGGCGCUUGGCCUCCACCUCCAGGCAGCCCUCACUGCCAGUAAAGUACAAGUAUCACUCUAUGGAAAGUCCUGGGAUCUGAACAAAAUCUGCUACAAAUCGGGAGUUCCCCUCAUUGAAAAUGGAAUGAUUGAGCGGAUGAUUGAGAAGCUGUUUCCGUGUGUGAUCCUCACCCCGCUCGACUGCUUCUGGGAGGGAGCCAAACUCCAAGGGGGCUCUGCCUACUUGCCGGGCCGCCCUGAUAUCCAGUGGACCAACUUGGACCCAGAGCAACUGCUGGAGGAACUGGGUCCCUUUGCCUCCCUCGAGGGCUUCCGACAACUGCUAGACAAGGCACAGGUGGGCCAGGCCUAUGUGGGGCGGCCCUGUCUGGACCCUAAAGACCUUCACUGCCCACCUAGUGCCCCCAACCAUCACAGUAGGCAGGCUCCCAAUGUGGCUCAGGAGCUCAGUGGGGGUUGCCACGGCUUCUCCCACAAAUUCAUGCAUUGGCAGGAGGAAUUGCUGCUGGGAGGCAUGGUCAGAGACGCCCAAGGACAGCUGCUGAGGGCAGAGGCUCUGCAGAGCACCUUCCUGCUGAUGAGCCCCCGCCAGCUGUUUGAACACUUCCGGGGCGACUAUCAGACACAUGACAUUGGCUGGAGUGAGGAACAGGCCAGCACUGUGCUGCAAACCUGGCAACGGCGCUUUGUGCAGCUGGCCCAGGAGGCCCUGCCUGAGAAUGCAUCUCAACAGAUCCAUGCCUUCUCUCCUACCACCCUGGACGACAUCCUGCACGCAUUCUCCGAAGUCAGCACAGCCCGUGUGGUGGGAGGCUAUCUGCUGAUGCUAGCAUAUGCCUGCGUAACCAUGCUACGGUGGGACUGUGCCCAGUCCCAGGGUGCCGUGGGCCUUGCUGGGGUAUUGCUGGUGGCUCUAGCAGUGGCCUCUGGCCUUGGGCUCUGCUCCCUGCUUGGCAUCACCUUCAAUGCUGCCACUACUCAGGUGCUACCCUUCUUGGCACUAGGCAUUGGUGUGGAUGACGUUUUCCUGCUUGCUCAUGCCUUUACAGAGGCUCCUUCUGGUACCCCUCUCCAGGAGCGCAUGGGCGAGUGUCUGCAGCGCACAGGCACCAGUGUUGCCCUCACGUCCAUCAACAACAUGGUUGCUUUCUUCAUGGCUGCCCUAGUUCCCAUCCCUGCACUGCGAGCCUUCUCCCUGCAGGCUGCCAUAGUAGUGGGCUGCAACUUCGCAGCUGUGAUGCUUGUCUUCCCAGCUGUCCUCAGCCUGGACCUGCAUCGGCGCCACUGCCAGCGCCUUGAUGUGCUCUGCUGCUUCUCUAGCCCCUGUUCUGCUCGAGUAAUUCAGAUUCUGCCCCAGGAGCUGGGAGAUAGGACAGUGCCAGUGGGCAUUGCCCACCUGACCACCACGGUACAAGCUUUCACCCACUGUGAAGCCAGCAGCCAGCAUGUGGUCACCAUCCUGCCUCCCCAAGCCCAGCUGGUACCCCCACCUUCUGACCCACUGAGCUCUGAGCUCUUCAGCCCCGUGGGGUCCACACGGGACCUUCUAGGCCAAGAGGAGGGAAUUGGGCCAAAGGCAGCCCGCAAGUCCCUCCCUUGUGCCCGCUGGAAUCUUGCCCAUUUCGCCCGCUAUCAGUUUGCACCUCUGCUGCUCCAGUCACAUGCCAAGGCCAUAGUGCUGAUGUUCUUUGGGGCUCUUCUGGGCCUGAGCCUCUAUGGAGCCACCUUGGUGCAGGACGGGCUGGCCCUGACAGACGUGGUGCCUCGGGGCACCAAAGAACAUGCCUUCCUGAGCGCCCAGCUCAGGUACUUCUCCCUGUAUGAGGUGGCCCUGGUGACCCAGGGUGGCUUUGACUACGCUCACUCCCAACGUGCCCUCUUUGAUCUGCACCAGCGCUUCAGUUCCCUCAAGGCUGUGCUGCCCCCGCCUGCCACCCAGGCACCCCGCACCUGGCUGCACUAUUACCGCAACUGGCUACAGGGAAUCCAGGCUGCAUUUGAUCAGGACUGGGCUUCCGGGCGCAUUACCUACCAUUCAUACCGCAAUGGCUCUGAGGAUGGGGCCCUGGCCUACAAGCUGCUCAUCCAGACUGGGAAUGCCCAGGAGCCUCUGGAUUUCAGCCAGCUGACUACAAGAAGGCUGGUGGACAAGGACGGACUGAUUCCACCGGAGCUUUUCUACAUGGGGUUAACUGUGUGGGUGAGCAGUGACCCCCUGGGUCUGGCAGCCUCACAGGCCAACUUCUACCCCCCACCUCCUGAAUGGCUACAUGACAAAUAUGACACCACUGGGGAGAACCUUCGCAUCCCAGCAGCCCAGCCCCUGGAGUUUGCCCAGUUCCCAUUCCUACUGCGUGGCCUCCAGAAGACUGCAGACUUUGUAGAGGCCAUCGAGGGGGCCCGGGCAGCAUGCACUGAGGCAGGCCAAGCAGGGGUACGUGCCUACCCCAGCGGCUCCCCUUUCCUCUUCUGGGAGCAGUACCUGGGCCUGCGGCGCUGCUUCCUGCUGGCUGUCUGUAUCCUGCUGGUGUGCACCUUCCUGGUCUGUGCCCUGCUGCUACUCAACCCCUGGACAGCUGGCCUCAUAGUGCUGGUCCUGGCAAUGAUGACUGUGGAACUCUUUGGUAUCAUGGGUUUCCUGGGCAUCAAGCUGAGUGCCAUCCCCGUGGUGAUCCUCGUGGCCUCUAUAGGAAUUGGUGUCGAGUUCACAGUCCACGUGGCUCUGGGUUUCCUGACCGCCCAGGGUAGCCGGAACCUGCGGGCUGCCCGUGCCCUUGAGCACACAUUUGCCCCUGUGACUGAUGGGGCUGUCUCCACUUUGCUGGGCUUGCUCAUGCUUGCUGGUUCCAACUUUGACUUCAUUGUAAGGUACUUCUUCGUGGUGCUGACAGUGCUCACACUCUUGGGCCUCCUCCAUGGGCUCGUGCUGCUGCCUGUGCUGCUGUCCAUCCUAGGACCCCCACCAGAGGUGACCACUCCCUUCCUUUGCUCCCAGCGCCAGAGACAGGGUGGUGCAGAUGUACAAGGAGAGCCCACAGGUCCUGAGCCCUACAACUCCAAGGGGAGGCACGCUCAGAUGGGGGAUGACCCCCACCCUACCACAGAGCUUUGCCAGAGUGACUACCUCCAUGACUGUGGCCUUGCACUCACCCCCACUACCUGGUGCCUACAUCCACCCAGCCUCUGCUGAGCCCACAUGGUCUCCUGCUGCCACCCCAGCUGCCAACAGCUCUGCUACUGAGUGAAGAAGGAGCUGAAGGACAAAGACCCUGCUUGGGCCACAUGAAGUCACUGGGAAGCAACCGCUGGGGUAUUGAAUGCAGCUAAAAUGCAUUCAAUACCCUGGAGGGCCCAGCCACUGCUGUCUGCACCCCUCCUCUGGAUCAGCCAUCACAGACCUCCCUGGUAUCCACAUAGAAUGGCCACCCCUGACAGCAGCCCAGCAACCAGUGCUCUUCUGUAUCCAUGGCUGCCACGUGGAAAGGAAAGCCAGCAUUUUCGGCUGCAGUGCAGCCCUGUCCCCCUCCUGCACACUGCUGCCUUCCCACUAGACCAAGCCUGAGGGAUCCUCAAGCACACUUUGCUAGUCGUGCCUCACUGCUUGUUGACUCCUGGGUAGGCUCCUCUGCAUUCCUGCACACCUCCUACUACAUAAAUUAUUUAUAUGAAGAUUUUUAUUUUUUUAGUAUAUAUAGAUGUUAGCUAUUCUGAAAGUUUUAUUUUUAAAGAGUGAAAUAUAUUGUAUAUGAACUCUUCUCAAGUGA